GCGGGAGCGUCUUUGCUAGUGACAGAGUUGAGCUGAGAGCAUCAAGAUGGCCUCCGCGGUGUUGCUUCUGCUGCAGCUGCUGCUGCUCACCUCCCUGGUGUCGGCGUCUCAUCACUGGGGAGGAACCACCAGCUUCACCUACAAAGGAAGGAACCCUGAUGGGUCAGUUAAGAUGUCCCUCCGAACCAGAGAUACUUAUGAUGCCUGUUAUUAUAACCACUACUGGUAUUGUUACAGUAGCAACUGCGGCCAUGCAAACACUCAAGUCAGAACUCAAAUUGACACAAGCACCAAUACUCCAUCCUACAAAAGCCAAUGGUGUGAGUCAGAAACAGUUGAGACAUGGACCAUCCCCAGUGACAAACCUUUCAAUCUCAGGGCAGCUAGCUGCUGUUGGAUCUCUACACGUAACUCGGUUAUUAACUGGAACUUGGAUUCUCAAGUGGAUUUUGGAACGAGGUCGGACACAAGAAAACCAAAUAAAUUACCUGAUAUUGCCAUUGUCCCCUUCUUAAGAGUUCCUGAGAACUGCCCAAGAACGUACAGGCUGGCUGCCUUUGACCCUGAUGGCGACCGAGUCCGCUGCAGGUAUGGGAAUAACCAAGGAUACGAGUGUGACAACUGCCAACUCCCUUCAGGCUUCCAGCUUGACCAGGAUUCUUGCACUUUACACUACCAGUACACCAAUUCCGACUACAGAACCUUUGGUUUUGAGAUGGUGGUAGAAGAUUACGCACGCGGCACUAUCGACUUGUUCUACUCUGAUGGAUCAAGUGUUCGCAAGUAUCCACUGCCUUCAAGGACGAAGAGACAAGCCUACACCACCACACCACCAACCACCACAAACAACCCCUGGUCGGGGUGGCAGACUACCACUACCACUGAGCCCACAACUACAACUGCAGCUCCAACAACAACCCUAUGGUGGUGGCAGACUACCACAACUGCAGCUCCAACAACAACCUGGUGGUGGUGGUGGACUACCACUACCACUGAGCCCACAACUACAACUGCAACUGCAGCUCCAACAACAACCUGGUGGUGGUGGUGGUGGACUACCACUACCACUGCACCCACAACUACAAUUGCAGCUCCAACAACAACCCCAUGGUGGUGGCAGACUACCACAACACCAACUACAACAACACCCUGGUGGUGGCGGCAGACCACCACUGUUCCCACAACAACGACACAAAGUGUGAGCAGUACUCCCCUUAGUAAGCAACCUCUGCAGUUCUCUUUUCUAGUGGAUCCGCCCAUUCCCUCAUGUCAGGAGGGUCUCUACCUGCCUAAAUUUGAGUCUCCGACACCUUCACAUGGAACACGGAUCAAGGCUGAGGUCAACAAAGAGAUGGAGAUCAGAGUCAAGGCAACUGCAGCAUAUUCAUCAAUCCAAAACAUCAUCUUCAGUGGGCCAACAAACGUCACCAAGCACAGGGACACCAAUAACGACUUUAUCAUCAGGUGGACACCAACUGAAGAUGACCUGGGAGAACAAUACCCAAUCUGCUUUGUGGUGGAAUCAGUGAGCUGGAACUCUGCCUAUCAGUCUGAGAUGAGGUGUGUUCUGGUGGAAGUCCAAAAGCAUCAAAUUGAAGCCACAGUGACCUGCACCGAAUCCGCAAUGAAGGUUGAGGUUGACAAAGCUUCCUUCUUUGGACUCCAGGAGAAUCAUCUUCGCCUCAGUGACUCCAGCAACACCGUCUGCAGCCUCCGCAGGCACUCCAACCACACUCACAUCGUCGCCAUCAUUCCCCUCAACCAAUGUGGGACUCAGAUCGAGGAAGACGAUGACUACCUCAUUUUCAAGAAUGAGAUCACUACGGGGAGUGAUGACCAAAAUGCUCUGAUCACCAGGAAGCACCUGGUGGAGGCCCGGUUCUACUGCCAGUACCCCAAACGGGGGAAUGUGACGCUGAGCUUCAAAGUGCACAGAAAGACCGUCACGGUGUGGGAGAAAGGCUUCGGCACGUUCACAUACCAGCUUGAGUUCUACCAAGACAAUCAGUUCGGCGCCAUGUUCAGCCCAAACUCAUACCCACUGGAGUACGACGUUGGAGACAGGAUCUACAUGCAGCUGGACGCCAGCUCCUCUGUCAACAACACCGAGAUGUUUGUGGAGUCCUGCAGAGCUGCACCGUAUGACAACCCCAACUACCAUCCAACCUACUCCAUCAUUGAGAACGGGUGCAAUGUUGACCGGACUGUGCAGAUCCACUCCACCCCCAACGACAGUAAGUUCAGAUUCAGCAUUGAGGCCUUCCAGUUCAUCGGACUGCAUGAUCAGGUGUACAUCAGCUGCACAGUCAUGAUGUGUGAAGCAGGAAACCCCAACACCAGGUGCUCAAGGGGAUGCAACAACUCCACCAUACACAACUUCCGCAGAACGAGAGAGGCUGUGAUCGAGAGCGGAAGGCACUUCGUUUCCCAGGGUCCUUUGCGUCUGAAGCGUGAAGCGGACCCCAGAGGGGCCUCAGCUGUCAACCUGAACCUGAACCUGAUGUUUGUGGCUGGAUGUCUCCUUGCUGCUGUUGGGAUGGUCUGCGGUGUGGUCAUCUACAAAACCAAAACCUCCAGGGUCAAAUACCAACCUCUGCCUGCACAUGAAAACUAAAACUGGAACAUUUGGUGUAAUGUGAGAUCUUGGGUGUUUUUGAAGUAAUGUAAUUUUCUAAACUAAUGUAGAUGCAAACAGCUGAAUAAAUCACCAGUUAUGUUUUUUGAUGCUGAAGAGAAAGAUCCAGCUGGAAAUAUAAAGUUCUUCUUAAGCAAAACUGGAAGAAAGUUCUUCAUUUGGUUGCUGACGUACUGAAAAUGUUUCCUCCUGCUCUCUAAUGCACUAUAUGAUGAAGGUAGCACAGAUUAAAUGUUUGUCUGUUAUAAUUAAUCAGUUUUGAACUCAGUCAUGUUACUUUUUAAAAAAAUAUUUCUAUCUUUUUAUGUUCUUUCCUUUGUUUAAAGGUGGAUUUGGUAUUUCUAAAUGGCUCAAUAAAAAGACUCUUAAAAGACAAAAGUU